AUGGCCAAAGACCUAACUUUGAUGUGCGUGGCAUGGCAGCAUGUCGUACUCGAUGCACCCGCCCUGAAACUGAUAGUUGCGGAGUGGGAAAGCCUUCUCGCGAAGAAUGCUGACAUGCGAACGCACGAUCCGAAUAGCUAUAGGCCGGAGGCUGAGGGACUAAAGGACAGGCCGAACUUGGAUAAAUUGAUCAACACCCUUCAAUCGAAUUCUCCCUCCUCCUUUCCGGGGUGGGCGGCCGUCUCUCUUUGGGGUGGAUUGAAGUUGAAAAUACUCUCUAAGAUUUACAGUCUUCGUUAUCCGCGCACAUUUGGAACGGCUUACUUGCCCCCAAAGCUUGUUGCGGGACUGGUUACGCGGGUAAGGUCAAACGCUGGUCCAGGAGUAGUACUCUCAAGAAAUGACAUCGUUGCCAGCUGGUUCUACAAGGUAACAUGCGGAAUCUAUCAACCAAGAACAGCUACGACCUUAUCUCGAGCUGUGAAUCUGCGUGGGAAGCAUCAUCUCAUCUCGCCCAGUGUAUCAGGCAACGUCCUAGGCCUGGCCUUCAUGCCGAGUGUUCCAUCUGGCGCACUUCAGAAUGCGUCACUUGAAGAUCUAGCAUUGACAACUCGCCGUUCUGUAGAGAAGUUCAAAGAUCCAGACUACGUCUCUAAAUUCCUGGGUUUCAGGAUGGAUUGCGGUAAUGUAGGCCGCAUUGCGGUUCCGCAGGUGAAGUUCAGCAAUCAGCGAUGCCUCGUCACAUCUUUUGUGAAUCUGGGACUUUCGAAUCCGAAAUUCGGAGAAGGGGUGUCAGUAGAGAGACCAGUACAAUUGACCAUGGAGCCAAUUGUGAUAAGAGUCAUUGAUGAUGCUAGAGGCGGCUGGAGUAUCCAUGGAAACCUACCACAUGCAGCUUGGGAUGCUUUGGAGAGAAACAUGGAGCGUAUAAUGAAAGAACUUGAUGCUAAAUCCCAGCCGAAAGUAAUCUAA